UGUCUUAUUAACGAGUAAAAACUCUUAAAUUUCGCCUUUGGCUGCGAAGAGUACGAUUUAUUUACGAAAAUAAAAAUCUGCAUACCCCAAGGAGCAAGGUAACUCCAAAAGUGUGCAUUUUAUAUGGACUCUAUUCUUGAACUUCCAUAUGUAAGAAACUGAACGCUGUUCCCAACUUCCCACACAUGCGGAUAUCAACAAGUUACAUGACGUAAGAUUUGGGAAUAAGUUGUGCUUGGAAAUUCGAAUGCAGCUGGGUACAACAGCUACUCCCUCUUUUGAGUCUCUUAGUCUUCUGCCGGAAAAAUGUUGAGCGCGGAGGUCCGAGGGUCUUUGCAAAAGAGAUUUUACAAGAAGGUAGGAGACUACAUCAGCGAUCUGGGAAAACGCUUCGAAAAUUCCGACGACGCUGAAUCAUGGCUCGCAAAUGUCGUCAGCUACGGCAGUACAGCAAGAAAUCCUAUCAAAAUUGUGUUGAGUCCGCAUGAGAAAGCCUGCAUCGAAGAUUUUGUGCAGACGGAAAAUGAUCUUUUCGGUAAAGUCAUGGUGGCCAUUUCCGUCAUGGCUGCGGAGCUGCGCUUCCUCAUGCACGAAGCACGUCAGCGUUUUUUGGAUCCACUGCUGCACUACUCCGACGCCUACAUUGAGAAUCCGUCGUAUCUCUCUCUCGGACGUUUUCUGCCUUUCCUUCAGGAAUUUUCCUGUUUUAAAUCCCGCUGCAAAGAAGUGAUCGCACUGGUGCUGCAACAGUUGAAUGUCCUGGCUGAGCGAGAUUUCGCGUCGGGAACAAUGGUGUUCCUGUACGAAUGUCUGUCGGGUUUAUGUAGUUGCCUCAUAACAGCGGAUUGCAUCAUUAAAAGCAACAACACUCUGCGAGAUCACUGGACGACAUACAAAGCCUCGCUAAAUGCCUGUAGCCACAGUGCGAACAUGGCCGCGAAGGUCGGGCUGGAGAACGCCGAUAUCAAGGAGAUUGAGUCCUUUCUGAUGAAUAUUGAACGGGAUUUACUCAGCGGAACCAUUUUUCUCGAUUGUCUAUCUAACGUGGGGCGAUUGAAUUUGACCAGAAAAUUUUUGGAUUCCUGGUCGGUGGCGUUCCAGCAGUUGAUCGCUGACGUUGAUAAUCCGAUUUCACAGAGUCAGAACCCUGGGAAAAUUGGAGAACGGGUCAUGGCGUGCGGUUCGCUUCUGAUUCUGCAUGUAGUGGUCACGCGAAAUGUCGAUAAAAAAUUUUUGCGGAUGUUUUUGGAUGUGUGCAAAACCGCGCCGAUAGUGGCACUGUGGCAGAAUAUGUCCAUCUGUCCCGCGGAUGUUGUUUUGGCGAUGAUUCCCGAUGUCGGUAAGCACGUCGACAAAAAGCAGUUACAGCUGAUCCAGCAAGCAAAGGAAGGAAUUCUGCAGGCUCGACUGCAAAAUCUGGCCAAAGAUGUGGCGAGUUUUCGCGUUGACGCUAUGGAAUGGGUUACCCGAAUUCAGGCAUUAGCCAAAGAGUCCCAACCCAUCAUCGACGAGGAUACUCCACGUUUUGUUCGCUCUGGCUUGCUUUUGGCUCGGCGAGUCCAGAAUUCCGUCGUUCAGUUAUUCCAUUUUCAUUCCAUCUUGUUGAAACCACUUCCACGGCAGACACUUUUUCUCAUCGGGAACAUGCUUGAGAUUCUCAUGGUGUUGAAAGGCUGCAAACAAACGUACGACAUUACACUUAGCCAGCUGAUCGACCGUAUCGUCCAGUUAACCACGAACCGAAUGCAGAACGCUUGUUACACUCUGGAAAAGCGCCUGGCGGGUGAGAAACGCGUUGGUGCGCUGGAACACGUGGAUGCGCUGACAUCAUUGCAGUUACUUCAGCAGUGUCUGGUGUCAGGUCCGAUGACGGAACAGCGUAUGAUCGUUCUAAAAGCUUGCCUGGGCGUUGGCUUGUCUAUGAAAAAGUGGCCACAAGAUGAGCUGAAUUAUGUCCAAAUUUUUGUCCCGCUGCUGAAAGAUCUGGCAACCUUUCACGAAGCGUUUGAUAAUGCGUGUAACAUGUCGAUUUUCUACUGGAAUCGCCAAGUGCUACGACCGUACCUGGAGGAAAUCUUCCAAAAUCCUAAUCAAAGCCCAAGAAUUUUUUGCCUGUUAGCGGCUUUUGAGACCAGCAGCCGUUCGUUACGCCGGGUUCGUCAUGCUGAUCCGGAUGGAUUGGUGAAGAAGUUCGGUCAGGAAGUGCGCAGCGAAGUGAACGAAUGCAUUAUCAAUCCACUGUGUAGAGAAAUUGAAAUGAAUUUACGCCUCACUGUACAUUCGCAUUUGUCGCUACCGGAACGGAAUCCGUUCGACGCGGUAGUGCGGGAUAUUCGCCAGAUAAUAUCCCUGGACGCAAUUCAGUUCCUGAACCACAUAAUCUGUGUGAGGGACGAAGUGGAAAGUUAUCUGGAUAAGACGUUCUAUGAUUUGACUACUGUAGCUCUGCACGAUUGGAAAACUUACGACGAAAUGCGCAGUUUAGCGCUGCAUAUGUAUGGACUACAUGUGAUGCAAGCCCAUCUACCAUGCCAAACCCUUGAACAAGGGGCAGAUAUCUUGGAAAUAAUGCGAAAUAUCAAUUAUUUUGUAUCGAAUUAUGCUUAUAAUCUGAAUAAUCAAGUGUUUGUGGAGAGAACCAGCAACAGCAAACAUCUGAACACCAUCGGCAUCCGGCACAUUGCUAAUAGUCUGCGAACGCAUGGGAUCGGUAUUAUGAACACGACGGUCAACUACACGUAUCAGUUCUUGCGGAAUAAGUUCAAUUUAUUUUCCCAGUUUAUGUUUGACGAGCACAUUAAAUCGAGGUUAAUUAAGGACAUAAAGAUAUUCCGCGAUAUGAAGCAAAACGAUGCCAUGGCAAAGUAUCCAUUCGAGAGAGCGGAAAAAUUCAACAAAGCGAUUCGAACGUUGGGUGUGACGGCGGAUGGGCAGACACGUCUGGAUCAGUUCAGAAUGCUGAUAACAUACAUCGGUAAUGCCAUGGGAUUCGUGAGGACCGUACGAUCCGGUGGCCUGCAUCACUGCAGCAAAGCAAUUUGCUUUAUUCCCGAUUUGGAAGAUAUUGAAUCCUUUGAAACCCUUGCAAAGGAAGAGGAAGUAGCCGUGAAUAAUACCGCCACAAAGGAUCUUGAUGAUGUUAUUACUAUGUUGAACAAAAAUCUUUCUGAUGGCACAGAAUUCUUCAAGCUACUUUUGGAAGUUUUCUCGGGAGAAUUUCAGAAUGUCCGCAAUCGACAUCUACACAACUUUUAUAUGAUCAUCCCCCCGUUGAUGGUCAACUUUGUGGAACAUGCGGUAACAUGUAAGGAGCGGUUACAUAAAAAAAAUCCUUCCGGGCUUGUUUUAUUCACGGAUGACGGUUUCGCGAUGGGAGUGGCUUAUAUUCUGGCACUGCUUGGACAGAACGGUCUUUUCGAUUCCCUUAACUGGACAGAUGCCGUUCGGGAGAAAUUUCGGAAAGAUGCGGAAGCGGCCGCACAGGCGAAUAGAAUGGAUGCUCAAGGAAACAGGAGCGAUGUCCAAAGCGAUGAGAAACUGCGUCAAGCCCUCAAACUUACUGCACGACGACUGGACUCGUAUAUUAAAGAGUUCGAGUUGCUGUUUUACUCCUUGAGUAGCGCGCGUAUAUUUUUCAAAACAAACCCAACAGGGUCAGUUCAGCAAACGUCUAAAGAACCGCCAGCCGAAGGUAAUCCUGCUCCGACGACUGCGGACUCAUCCGUCAACGCCAUUAAUCAAGCUCCUGUGGGAAUAUGAUUGCACUCAGAGAUGUUUGACAUCGUGAGUGGUGAUUAAUUUGAUUGUGAUUAUUGUGAUACUGCACGUUCCAUUAAGCAUCCAUAGUUCGCGUUUAUUUUAUAUUUUUGAGUUAAGGUGAUGCUUCAGUUUUUAUAACUCCCUGUGAGUUCAAGGGGCUUGUUGUUGUUGAUUGGGGCAAGUGUAUUCAAUAAUUAGCUCUAGAUUUAUACUGUACCUAUCCGACUAUCUGUUGAUCAUUUAUUUACGAAUUAUACGUAAUAAUAUGCUCAUUAUGUCAGGUUAAAACAACUAAGUCUAAUGCGAUUUACUAAAAAUAAGAUACGUAAGUACUCUUAUUUUUCUGCGACAUUUGGUAAGUUUGUUUGAUUGAUUAGUACUAAAUUACUGCACUUAAAGGUUAAAACUAUCUCGAAUAUCAAGAUGAGCAUGCCAAGUACAUACUUCUUUUCUUUUUCAUUACUGCCUUUUAAAUACAGUACAGGAAUCAAAUUGACGUGCCUAA